AUGAGUAUCCGCUCAGUUGCCCUCGCAGCUCUUGCAGCUACUGCUGAGGUCGUGGCUCAAGAUAUCAACGUCGAUAUCCCAAGCGACCUCGCCACUCGACCGCUUGUACCUGAUGUCUACGGGUACUCGAUCGAACCAGUAUGGGUUAACGACUACAUUAGCACGCCCCUAGCCAAGAAUCUCCUAAGCGCCAUCGCAAAAGUAACCGGCAAGCCGCCGCCAAUCCGUGUCGGCGGCAACACGGCCGACCAGACUUAUCUACACGACAAACUGUCAACCGGGAACGACUCGUUCGCUAUCCCAACUCCCCUCACCGCGAAGCAGUUCAACAUCACGCCGAGCUGGUACGACAGCUGGGCAGACUACUUCCCGGAAGACACCGACAUCAUCUACACGCUCAACCUCGCCGUCAACGACUCGGCAUGGUCCACCGCCGUCGCGCAAGCCGAAGCAGCGCACAAGGCCCUCGGCAAAAAGCUAGUGCAGUUCGAGCUCGGCAACGAGAUCGACCACUUCAUCAACAAGCGGUGGCGGGACCAGACCUGGGGCGUCAACGCCUACAUGGAGCAGUUCCGCAACGUAACGGGCCAGAUCGUCAACUCGGAGUGGUACAAGGCGGCAGACGACAAGCCGACCUUCCAGGCGGGCGUGUUUGCCGACCCGCCGUGGGUGCCGGACCAGCAGGAUGAGGUUGACGACUUUAGCAUUGAGAACCUGACGCUUGUCGAGAGGAGCGGGGAUCGCGAUAUUAUUGGUAGUUAUGCCACGCAUUUGUACCCGCAGUCGACGUGUGAUGGGCCGAGGUGGCUGCGCAUGAGGCUGGAUUUGCUGUCGAAUCAUGCGGUGCUUUGGCAGGGUGAGUUUGGUCUCAACGUCUCCCAAUACGCCCCCCAAGUCGCCGCAGCCGACAAAGCCGGCGCCCCCCUAGUAAUGGGCGAAACCAACUCCGUCUCCUGCAGCGGCAAGAGCGGCAUCAGCGACACCCUAGGCGCGGCCCUCUGGGGCGUCGACUACGUGCUGAUGGGCGCGUCCAUCGGCAUCCGCAAGACGUACUUCCACCUCGGCGCGCAGAGCGAGUACAGCGCGUUCACGCCAAAAGCGUACCAGGCCAAAAACGAGACGCUAGGGGCGGGCAUACGCGCGAAUUGGUACGGGCAUUACUUCGUGGCUAAGGUGGUGGCUGCAAUUUCAAAGGGAAAUGACGAAGAAGAGUUGGGUAUUGCGGCGCUGCCGGGGGCUAAUAGUAGUGCGUUGAGCGGGUAUGCGGUGUAUGCGGGCGAGAAGGAGGAUGAAGGGGAGGGGGAGGGGGAGGAAAAGCGCUCCUUGAGGAAACUUGUGUUCUUGGAUAUGGGCGUGUGGAACGGCACGGAGGGCCUGGGUAAUAAUUCUACGCUAAAAGCGACGGACGGCACGUCGUUUAGCAACGGCACGAGGCCUUCUAGCACGAUUAAGCUGUCGACGCCGUGGGCGGCCGGACGUAAUGUUAGUGUUACGCGGUUGACGGGUCCGGGGACGAAUGCUAAGAGCGGUGUUGCGGUGUCGAGGGUUACGUUUGAUGGGGAGACGGGGGAGGCGGUGGGUGAGGAGGAGGAGGAGGAGGUUGUUGAGGUUGGGGAGAAUGGGGCGCUAGAGGUUAAGAUUAGGAGGGCGGAGGGAGUGUUGCUUGAGGUUGUGGAUGGGGAUGGGGAUGGGGAUGGGGGUAGUAGUGGCUCUGGAGGAGAUGGGAACUCGGGGGCUGCUGGGAAGGGGGGUGCGCUGUGGUCUGGCUUGUUUGUUGCUGGUAUGACUGCUGCUUUUAUGGUGGUGUUGUAG